CUCAAAUAUCUUCAAAUGAGCAUAUGUUUCAUUGUGCAGAUGUCGUCGUUGAUUGAAAUGCAUAUUACAUUUAAAGUUUUGCUUUAAAAAGGACCAGACGUUAAUUAAAAACAUCUACUGCGUACUAAACGUUCACUGAAUAACAACAAAGAUGAGCCGCGUCGAACCAGAGUCGAAGCAUGACCAGCCACCGGGCUAUCAACAACCAGGACCCCCGCCACCGGGCUAUCCACAACCAGGACCCCCGCCACCGGGCUAUCAACAACCAGGACCCCCGCAACCGAGAUAUCAACAGCAACCCAUGGGACACCCUAUGCAGCCCCAGAUGAUGCAGCCCCAGAUGAUGCAGCCCCAGAUGAUGCAGCCACAGAUGAUUCAGCCACAGAUGAUGCCACAGCCCAUGCAUUCAAUGGGUCAGCAGCAGAUGACAACAGUGGUUAUCAACAAUCAGCCGGGACAGCAAAGGAAUCCGCUUCUGGUUGGAACACGUAAUGGAACACGUGACUGGACAUCUGGCCUCUGCGGUUGCUGCGAAGACAUCGGCUCAUGUUGCAUGACGUUCUGGUGCAGUUGGGCGUCGACAUGUUCAAUAGCAGUGCGAGUUGGUGACAGUUUCUGCAUGCCUUUAUGUGUGCCGGACGCUUUGUUGGCCCUUAGGGUCCGUGUGAGGGGUCUUGGAGACAUAAAAGGUUCAAUUUGCGAAGACUGUAUGGUGAUAAAUUUCUGCGCCCCUUGUGCUGCCUGCCAGAUGCUCCGUGAGCUGAAUGCCAUGGGGUUAUAGUUCACAUGCCUGUUGAACUGCACACAAUCGGCAUUAACAUGUGCAUUUUCU